AUGGCCGGCUUUUUCAAGGUUAUCUAUGACUGGUUGUUGCGAACUUUCUGGGCGACAGAGAUGGAUGUGACUAUGAUUGGUCUGCAGAAUGCUGGCAAGACCUCUCUCCUGCGAGUCCUUGCGGGUGGAGAAUUUACCAUAGAUUCUAUUCCCACAGUGGGCUUCAACAUGAAACGAGUCCAGAAAGGCCACGUCACCCUCAAAUGCUGGGACCUCGGUGGUCAGCCCAGAUUUCGGUCCAUGUGGGAGCGGUAUUGUCGGGGUGUCAACGCCAUCGUGUAUAUCGUGGACGCGGCAGAUAAGGCUGCCAUGCCAGUAGCGAUGGAAGAACUCCACGCCUUACUUGAAAAGCCGGUCUUGGACGGAAUUCCUCUGCUCGUUUUGGGAAACAAGUCUGAUUUGCCCGAUAAGCUUUCGGUCGAUGAGUUGAUCGAAGCACUGAACAUGAAAGCCAUUUCUCACCGCGAAGUCAGCUGCUAUGGAAUCAGCGCGAAGGAAGAAACGAAUCUUGAUGCUGUCUUGGAAUGGCUGAUCAACAAGACAGCUCACUGA